CGCUGACGUCGCUUGUCCAUAGCGCUCUCUCGGAUCUUUUGUCAAUCCCGAAAAAAGGCGUUUUUGAAUCGAGCUCGCAUCCAUUGUCUCCUGUUGCGUUUGAUGAUAAACGUUCAGGAUUCGUAGUUGACUGUUUGGUUCCCGACGAUUUCUCGUCUCCAGUUAUUCCGUCCGGUUUGGUGUUCGGGAAGUACAAGGUAGUUUUUAGUUUUCCGUAAGCGGCACGUGUUGUUCGACAGCGGACGCCUUUGAAGUUGCCGCCGAGGAUUUCGCGCGAUUUUUCCUUCAUGGACGGUUUGUUUGAUGUCGGAGAACACGACGAAAAAGAUUUGACAACGAAGUCUUCCAUCACUCACUGCGCAAUCGAAGAACUGAAAUCGAAGUUAAUCAAUAAGGAAUCAGAUUCGGACGAAACAAUGAUACCAGAAACGGAGAAGAGGAUCGGCGAUCACAACCAUUCAUCCACACCUCAUCUCAACGAAGAUGGCCUAAUAUUACCGAGGAAACCAGCGAACCCCGUCAAAGAGAACCCAGAGAGACAAAACCUGCAUAGGGAGCUAGCUUUCAAUCAAAAAAUUGGCAAGAACGUACUGAACCAAAAAUCGGAACUCCAGAGGGCGCUAGAGAAACAAAAAGAAAUUCUUGCCAAGAAAGAAUUAGAAAACAAUAUACAAACUCAGAAACCAGAAUUAGAAAAAGUGAUCGCCGAAAGAGCGAAGAAACUAGAAGAAAAGAACAACGACUCCCAAAAUGAAGAUGACAAAGUACUCAACAGCGAGUUUCUGCAAGCCCGUAUGAAGUUGAAGACUAGGACUGAAACAAAAUGAAUAGAGAUUAUUUCACAAAUUGUUUUAUAAUUUUCUUAACGUGUAUUGAUUUACAUAGUAUCUGUACAAAAGGACGAGUUCGGUUGAGGCCGGAUUUUUGCACGUGGUCAACGCUUAAAAUCGUAGGGUUAAGCUCAAGCAAUAAAAAAUAAAAUCGAACAACGCCCAAGUUCAUAAACAUCUUUGAUAGACUGAAUUUGGAGACCCGAUAGGCUUCAGUAUGACUCGCCCUUUAAAUUAAUUAUUGUAUUGUGAUAAGUAUUUGACUAAGUUAUAUUUAAUUUUAAGUUUCUUGCAUUGUAAAAUACACCGUAUUUUUUCUA